UGGCCACUACCUCCCCACUCGCCGGCGUAGCCGCAUGACACCCGCCGCCGGCCGGCCAUCCCCUACGGUCGCCACCCUCCUCGGCCGCAGCCGCACCGCCCGCUGCGUCGCGCAGGUCCAAUCCCUCAUCGUCCUCCUCGGCCUCCACAACCACCAGUCCCUCGUCGCCCGCUUCGCCGCCACCUACAAUGACCUCGCGUCCCCCUCCCCCAUCACAGCCGCCGCCAGCAGGCCAUCCCCCGCAGUCGCCACCCUCCUCGGCCGCUGCCGCUCGACUCGCUGCCUCGCCCAGCUCCACGCCCGCAUCAUCCGCCUUGGUCUCCACAACCACCACGCCCUCCUCGCCCGCUUCGCCGCUGCCUGCGACGCCCUCGAGUGCCCCUCCGUCGCCGCCUCGUUCAUCACCGUUCUUCCCGAAUCCCACACCGCCCCGCUUCGCCUCCGCAACGCCGUGCUCGCAUCCCUCGCUCGCCACGCUCCGCUCCACGCAGCGCUCGCGGAGUUCAACCUGCUCCUCCAACGAGGCGUGCGCCCCGACUCCUUCUCAUUCCCUUGCCUCCUCCGCGCGUGCGCCCGCGCAUCCUGCAUCCCAGCCGGACGCGCCCUGCACGCCGCCGCCAUCCGCCUCGGCGUCCACGCCAACCUCUUCGUCCGCACGGCGCUCAUCCAGUUCUACGGGAGGUGCGGCGCGGCCUGCGCGGCCCGGGCUCUAUUUGAUCAAAUCGACAUCCCCAGUGAUGUUUCCUGGACCGCCAUUAUUGUGGCCUAUGUCAACAAUGGUGACAUUGUGGCCGCCAGAGAGCUGUUUGAUAGAAUGCCACUGCGGAACAUGGUGCACUGGAAUGUGAUGGUUGAUGGGUAUGUAAAGUGUGGGGACUUGGAGGGCGCAAGGAGGCUGUUUGAUGAAAUGCCUGAGAGAACUACUACGGCAUGCACAUCGUUGAUUGGUGGCUAUGCAAAGUCAGGGAACUUGGAAGUUGCUAGAUCAUUGUUUGAUAAGUUAGAGGACCGGGAUGUGUUCUCAUGGUCAGCGAUGAUAUCAGGUUAUGCGCAGAAUGGUUACCCUGGAGAGGCAUUGAGGAUUUUCGAUGAGUUCCAAGAGAAAGGCAUAUGCCCAGAUGAGCUUGUUGUUGUUGGUCUGAUGUCAGCAUGCUCCCAAUUAGGUAAUGUCAGGUUGGCACGGUGGAUUGAAGAUUAUAUCGCAAAGUACUCGAUAGAUGUGAACAAUGCCCAUGUGUUGGCUGGUCUUGUGAACAUGAAUGCAAAGUGUGGGAACUUGGAGAGGGCUACUGUUUUGUUUGAGUCAAUGCCAGUUCGAGAUGUGUUUUCAUAUUGUUCACUGAUGCAAGGUCAUUGCCUCCAUGGUUCAGCUAAUAAGGCUGUUGAACUUUUCUCUCGGAUGCUUUUGGAGGGCCUUUCCCCCGAUAAUGCUGUGUUUACAGUUGUUUUAACAGCUUGCAGUCAUGCUGGUCUAGUAGAAGAAGGGAAGAAGUUCUUUGAUAUGAUGAAGAAUGUGUACUUGAUUGUGCCUUCUGGUGAGCAUUAUGCUUGCCUUGUCAGUCUUCUUGGACGAUGUGGGAUGCUAAAAGAGGCAUACGAGCUUGUAAUGUCGAUGCCAGGGAAACCUCAUCCUGGAGCAUGGGGUGCACUGCUGGGUGGAUGCAAGCUUUACGGUAACAUUGAGCUUGGAAAAAUCGCAGCAAAGAAGCUUUUUGAAAUUGAACCGGAUAAUGCUGGAAAUUAUGUCUCUCUAUCAAAUAUGUAUGCUAACAUUGACAGGUGGGGAAAUGUUUCUGAACUUAGAGCUGAGAUGACUGAAAAGAGGAUAACAAAAAUUGCAGGUCGUACCCUAGUUUUGCAAUGAAGCUGUGUUGACUAGAACGAUGCAUUUAUCUUGACUUAUGUUACUGGGCCCCAUUGGAACCUGAGGGGGCUGUAAAUGAAGAAAAGAGACCUCACGACUGCUAUGAAUGAAUGGAAAACAAGAUAUCAUUCCGAAGUGAUGCAGAUGGUGGAAGUUCAGCAUAAGCUGACAUAGACAACAUGCUGACCAACAGGCUGUUGUGUUAAUAAUAGGCAGGAGACCACACUUAAUUUGCUUAGUGUUUUCACAGUUUCCUGCCAAUUAAACAUUCUCAGAGCCGGGAGGAUGCUUUGAUUGCUGGCUCCGUGGAAGAUCAGGAUGCUGUUGUACAAAUAUGGUCCUGAUCAAGACAUGAAGUUUUUUACAUUUGUUAUGAAGGAUUUGAAGGGAUCGCAUGAAGUAUGCAAUGAUGGGCCACUUUAGGAAUAAAUGACACACUUCUGGAUAAUUGGCUGCGGCACAAAUUACUUAAUUUUUUUUUGCCAUCCUGUGGCUUUUUACUGAUAAGUUUUGCUGGAUAUUACACGCUUAUGUUACUCGGUGCUACAUGAUUAUUGUUAGGUGCUUCUCCA